AUGAUCCAACGGUGGACAGGCGUCUGCUUCAUGGAGGAAUGCCGAUAUGGUAAGAGCUUUCGGCAGUUCGCAUUAUCUAAUCAGGCUGGCCAUGGGAGCUAGAAGAACCCUAAUUACCUGAUUGUGGCGGGCUUAUCGCCUCGGAAUCUCAAGGUAUCGGACUAUGUUAUUAAGUGGAUGCACCUCGCUAUUGGGGUGUAGGGUCACAAAUCCUGCCUCUAAGCCCACGGUGCCUAGUAACUCGGUUAUUUCUCGUAGUCCUGCCUUGCAUACCAAGGCCACUUUGUCGAGCAUCAGGAGUUCAUGGAGACCUCAUCUGGAGUUUAAGCAAUGGUCCAACAAAUGUUUGCGGUACCAGAACAUAUCCUCGGCAUCCACCACUCUUGUUAGAGGAGACAAUGAUGACCUGUCAUUCUCGCUCCCAAUUAUUCCCAGGCGGAGACCUUGCAGGGCCCCGCGAGCAUCCAAGGAUGUACCAUACAGUUUCCGGUACCCUCCUAUGACCAAGAAGCCGAGGUGGUGGUGGAGAACCUUAGCGUGUCUCCCUUACUUGAUGCCUCUCCAUGAGACCUGGAUGUAUGCCGAGACGGCUUAUCAUCUUCACCCCUUCUUAGAAGAUUUUGAGUUUUUGACAUACCCAUUCCUCGGGGCCAUCGGGAGGCUGCCGAGCUGGUUUCUAAUGGCUUACUUUUUCGUUGCCUACUUGGGGGUAGUGAGGCGGAAGGAGUGGCCACACUUCUUCAGGUUCCAUGUGGUGAUGGGCAUGCUGUUGGAAAUAGCCCUGCAGGUCAUAGGGACAGUGAGCCGCUGGAUGCCGCUUGCGGUCUACUGGGGAAAAGUGGGGAUGCAUUUCUGGACGGCCGUGGCAUUCGCCUACCUGUUUACCGUGUUGGAGUGCAUAAGAUGCGCCCUUGCAGGCAUGUACGCUGACGUCCCGUUUGUGUGUGAUGCUGCAUAUAUCCAGAUUCCAUAUGACUAAGGCAUGUAGAUUCGCAAGAUGAGGUGGUUUCGAAGGAGUUGCACACCAGAUUGAGUGACUAAAAUUUGGAUCUAAUAUGCAAUCUCUUGGUACAGAGAUCACUUCCUCUGCCUAUGGAUGAGCUGAUUUUGCUCUGCUCUCUCGUUCUCUGUCUUGGCUCAUCAACAACGAUUUAGCUUGAAGUUUGCACAUUCUUAAUAGAUCGGUCUUUUUCUUUGCGCCUUA